GGAUUUCUGGUGCACUCCUGCUGAACUCUCUCUCUAUCGUCCACAGAUUAGGGUAUAGGUCCGGAGUCCACUCGCCAAUAUUUACUAGACGCACUAAUUUUAGCAUAUUCCAUAGAGAAUACGUUACUCAGCGGGUCACUUUCGUUGAUAAACCAAGAGUCAAUAUUUAUCAAUUAAAAUAUUCGAUCUCCCUUCUGCGCAGUCACAGCCCCUCGUUGCUCUCAUUGAUCUUUUUUGGUAAGUUCGUUGUUCUCAUUGUUGCUUUUCUCUGAAAUGCUUACUGAACUCUCUCAUGGACUCUGUUAUAAUAAAGCCAACAUUUAGCUCUCUCUCUUUCAAUUCCAUGAGCAUCAAAACCAAAACUUUCUACCCAGUACACUCUUCCUUCGUUAAAUUCAGUCAGUUUAGUAAGUUCAAAACCUCUUCAGUCAUCUCUUUUUCUUUCAAAAACACUUCAAAUUCCGAAAACCCUGGACCAAAAUCUAAUAAAAAUAACAGUAUGAAUUUCCCUUUAAGCCUUUUAUGUAUUUUCUUUCCGAUUUUAGAGUCUAUCAAAGGUUUAGCCUCUUCACAUACUCAGAAAUGGGUUUCACGUCUGCUAGCAUAUAACAAUGAGUUAGAAAGCAUCUUAGAUUUACCCAAGAGUAACCAUUACUUAAAAAACGGGGCGUUUGGGGUCGCUUUAUUAAGCGUGACUUCGACUGCAAAAGUCAAAAUCAGUCCUUUUGUGACCACAUUGGCUGCGAAUCCCACAUUUGUAUCUGGUUUGUUUGCCUGGAUUGUAGCACAAUCCGCAAAGAUGGCUUUGAAUUUCUUUGUGGAGAGAAAAUUGGAUUUUAGAUUCCUAUUUGCCUCUGGUGGAAUGCCCUCUUCUCACUCCGCUUUAUGUACGGCUUUGACGACGUCAGUGGCGCUUUGUCAUGGAGCGGCAGAUUGCUUAUUUCCUGUUUGCUUGGGGUUUAGUUCCAUUGUUAUGUAUGAUGCCAUUGGUGUUCGACGCCAUGCUGGGAUGCAAGCUGAGCAUACCUCUCUGAGCUAAAAGGAAAGAUAUCCUUACUACCCAGGGACCUACAUUCCUAUAAUAUAUCUAGAAGUCUGAGGCCCAUUUUUUGGUGGGGCUUAUACUGGAUUUAUAUUUAUCACAUAUUUGAGUGGAGUCCCCAUUCUUGCCUGGUGGAGAAUUGAUGCAACCUUUUGGCGUCCUAAAGCUCUCCUAGAAGUUGGGAACUGUCCUAUUGGAACUAACUUGGGUUGGAAAAGCUACUGGAAAUGCUUUGGUUUGUCCUAUUUUCAUCCUCCUAGGUCUUUGGUUUUGGUCUUAUUUUUGUUGGUUUCAACUAUUUUGUUUUGGUGUUUCAUUUAGGCUGGGGAAAUGAGUGAGAUUGCCAAAACACUAUAGACUGUGGCUGCCUUUUUUGCGUUUUGGUUGUUUGUAACUAGAAACACCUUAUCUUACUGUCUCCUGUCAUGCUGUCUGGAAAAUACCUAUGUGAAUGGGUUUUCAAAUUGUUAAAUAGGGUACUACAGAAAUGAUUUGUGGGAAAAUUUUACAGUUAAGUUCAUAUGGUUUCCACUGAAAUCCCCUCAUCACACAAAUUUGUUAAGGUGAGUUCACUCUCGUUAAUUUUUUGUGUGUUAAUGUUUGAUAAAUUAUUGAAGUUUUUUAGUUUCUGUUUGGUUACAUAAAGCUCGGGAGCUUAGCAAUUCAGUAGCUUAGGCUCACCCACAUGAGAGUUCUCUAUUAGAUGUUGUCCACUAAAGAAGUGACUCGCGAAAUCUUAUAAUUUAUUGUCUUUUAUUUAUGCUUUUUGACAUAGGUUCUUAAUAUGAUCGUUGAGGACUUGUUUCAAGGUCAUCCCAUCAGUCAAAGAAAGCUCAAAGAGCUUCUAGGCCAUACUCCAUUACAGGUCUUUACUGGAGCUGUGGU